AUGGUAGUCUACGUGACAUGCUCUAGCCUUCCUCCCUGCAGGGAUCUAUCCUUCCUUCGAGCUGUGGAGUUUCCCAACUGGGUUACCCAACUCUUCAAACUUCAGUAUCUGAACCUGGAAUCGGACUAUCCACUCCGUCAGGGACGUUUGCUGAAUGAUGACAUAUCUCACCUCACAGCACUCACCAGCAUGUCCCUUGAGGGAAACAACCUGGAUGGCUACCUCCCCAAGAGCUGGGCCAAUCUGGUCAAUCUGCAGGAGCUAUCUUUGAGGUCCAACCAGUUUCAAGGAACCAUUCCGACUUCGUUCUUGGGCCUAACAAGUCUAAUUUCAAUAGACCUCUCGCGGAAUCAACUGUCUGGUAGAAUACCUGCAUUUGCCACCAAUAUCAAGUCAUU